UUCUUUGUCAAUUUCGAAACCGGAGGACCUGUUAGUCUCAUCUCAAUCGAUUCUCACACCACAGGGAGCUCCAACAGUUCCGCGACCAUGGCUGCGACGUGGGCCCAGAAAACCAUCGUUCUUCCACCCCAGAAGCGAGGCUGCCAUCUAGUCACCUCAAAGAUAUUGAAGGACAUUGAUCAAGAGCUUAAAGGUUUCAAAUGCGGUCUUGCUCAUUUUUUCUUGCAACAUACAAGUGCUUCAUUGACCAUAAAUGAGAAUUAUGACUCAGAUGUACAGGCUGACACUGAAACUUUCCUCAACCGUAUAGUUCCAGAGGGACGAUCUGCACCCUGGAAGCAUACAAUGGAAGGUCCUGAUGAUAUGCCAGCACAUAUUAAAUCGUCAAUGUUUGGCUGUGCCCUCACGGUUCCUAUUACUGAUGGACGUCUUAAUCUGGGAACCUGGCAGGUAAAGUCAAAGCUCAGAUUCAGCAUCAUAUUUGUAGACAAAUUCUGACUUACACCAAUUUUCGUAGAAUUUAAAACAGUAGCUCUGAAAAUGCUGAAAUUUGAUAAAUGAGUUGUUAUGAUCACAAAGAAUUGCUGGCAGAUGUUAAUACAAAUAUGAUUGCAUUUUUUUACCUAUUGAAUUUUUAAUCUUAUUAA